GCCGGGCCGGGCCGAGCCGAGCGGGGCCGGAGGCCGGGGGGAGCGGAGCGGGGGGAGCGGUAGGUACAAAUGGAAGAAAGUGAGACCAUUGAUUUUCAAGCUCUGGAGAGGGAGUUACAGGUAGCCUUGGCCCUUGAUGAGAAACAUAAGCGAGAAAAUGACGCCAAGUUUAGAGCAAUUCAUCAGAAAGUGGGAUCAUAUGAAGAAUUUAGGGAUAUUGUGCUAGCUUCACAUUUGAAGCCCCUGGAAUUGCGAGACAAGUUGGGAGCAAGAAAUCAACCCUGGAAUACGUGUGCCAGAUUAACGAGUAGUGAAGACAGUAUCAUGCUAACUCUUCCCAACUCACAGCACACAGAUUCCCAGCCCAGGACAGCAGCGGAGUUUAGCCGUGACUGGAGAAGGUAUUAUUGCACAGGACCAGAGAAGUAUGCCUUCCUUCUCACCUUAGGUGCCCAGCUCUUAGGAAACAUAUUCCAUGCUGAAAUAGGAUUUGGACUCCUUGGUGAAUUCCUGGUCAUACUUUGCGAUCAUUUCCAACCGGGAGAUGCCCAAGCUAUUUAUUGGAUCCUGCUGCAUCUCUCUCAAACUCAACGGUUCAGCCUGAAUGUGGAUUUCCUGAGCAGCAGAGAGAGGGAGAAAUGCCAAAGGCUUUUUCAACUGCUGGAGGAGAAGCUGGGUGGAGUUGUGCAGCAGGGAGGUGAGACAGAGCAGGAUCCUGAGGAAACUACAAAAGAGGAGCAUGCUGCUGAGGAGGCAAUAAAUGUGAUAACACUCCAACAAUUAAUGAAAGCAUACAAGUUUAGCUAGUCCAGUCUUUAUAACUCUGAACUACUCUAUCCCAUUUCAAAUUUGGGAAUUCCCCUGCAUUACUGUCUGUACAAAAUCUGAUUUUUUAAUUUCUAAAUGGGAGUGUCAGUCUAAAAACCAGUAUAAGAAACAGCAGCAAGUGUAGGCAGUGUGACCUUUCAGGCUUGUUAUACAUUUCAAUAAGAUCAUGACCACAUUUCAACAUCAACUCUGUCCCCAUGUCCCUUGAUUUCUUGAGUGUCCAUAAUCUAUUAACCUUGAUCUUGAACAUAAUAGAUUGAGCAUCCACAGCCCACGAUGAAGAAUUCCAAAAAUUUGUGGUAUUUUUGCUUUGUUAAUUCCCCUGUUGUCCAUUCAGAGCAAUUUAGUCCCCUCUGGAAUGUAGACAUUUGAAACAGGCAGUAGUUUGUACAAGACAAAUGCAAUAACCACAAUCCGUCUGUGUUAAUUUUGGUUUCAAAGUUGUCAGUUGCAGUGCCUUAAGUGCUCAGGUUGCCUAAAACAAAAAGCAUUUCCAAUGAAUUUAUGCUGAUAGUUUAUUGGCUUGAAUCAAAUCAAUUAAAUCACUUUUUGAACCAUUGGUGUUUGAAAGUUAAUAAUAAGUAGAUGAAUUGAAAAAAACAAGCCCAUCUGUUCAAGUACUUCCAGACCAGAUGUAUUUUUGAAGGACUUUUAUUUUUACUGGUGUUUCAAUAUGUUUUAUUACAGGUUUAAUGUAAAUAGCAGCUGAACUUUCGACGAUAGCUGCUCUUAAAGUUUUUAAUUUUUAAUACAACCUCUAUAAACCAGCCAUUGCACACAGCAGGAAAAGUGUGCACCAACACUCUUGCUACAUGCAGUAGGGACUAUAACAUUUAAAUAGUUACAAUGUCACAUUUUGGCUGUUACUUGUUUUCUUGGGGUUGGCUAAUGUCUUGAUUACUGUGCAGAUACAUGUGCACCUUCUGGCAGUGACAGUAUUCCUAGAAUACUGUCUGCUGAGACUGGGAAAAAUAAAUUGAUUUUUAAGGAAGUUAGUGAUUUUCACGCUUCCCACCCAUCACUCAAAUAAGGAAAAAAAUAUUUAUCAGGAUUUCCAUUUCUCCUCAAUUUAGUUUCUAAAGCAUUUUGUUUAUCAAUUAGUUGAAGCUGCUUGAUGGAAUUCAUUACAGAGGACCCCUCAUUACGUGCACAUUCUGGGCAAGCUGUGGCAUGUACAUGCAUAUUAACUCAAGCUCUGAAUUCUAGUUGUUGCCCUGGCCUCAAUUCCUGCUUCCCUGCUCAGGGUUUGGUAUCUAUCACCAUGUCCUUUCCUGGUCCCAAUUCCUACUCCCUCUCCAAGCCCUGGCAUCCACUCUUUCCAGACCUGAUUUUUCCCAUGAGUCUGAAUGGAUGACUUCGUGCCAACAUUUACUGCUUUUUCAGAUUCUGCCUGGAGCAUAUGGCUGAGUUAUUAAUCUGGAAGUUCUUUACUUGGGCUGUUCAGCUGGGGGUAUGAGCAGAUAAUCCCAGCUCUGGAAGAUCACAUAUGUCAACCUUCUUCGAGACAAUCCAGAUAGAGAAUGUGUAGAUGAUUUUGCCAUCCCUGAGGAAGUGGUCUUUAGGAGGGUGGGCAUCUGAUAUUGAAUGUCUUGCUCUUUGUGUCAGAAUCCGCGAUGUAUAUUUUGCGAAUGUGUUAAUGUCAACAGAAUACACAGCCCCUUGGAUAGGUUCUUAAUGGCUAUCGGAUGUUUACUUUGAACAAUAACACUAAGUCUGCUGUUAUCUUUAUGUUAUCAAAUUUUGUUUAAUGCAUAAAAAAACAAAUAAAAAGA